GCUGGACCGUCAGCUUCCCGUUUCCCGUACGAUUCGCGAAAAUCGGUCGCCGUUCCCGCAACAAUUCGCGUAAUUUGUCCGUGUGAAUUCCGUCGCUGACGACACGAGCAUUCGAAGGGGGUUUAGCGUAAAGGGUCAGCCCAUCGAAGGAACGUCCUUCGGGAACACAACGUGCAAUCCGCAAGCACCCGAGUGAGUGAUGGCCGGAAUACUUUCGAUAUCGUCGCGAAAUCUGCCCCGUGCAGCGCUCCGGCUCGGUCUGCGCUCGCUAGAAGGACAAACAGGACCUCAGCAGGGCACUGCGACCGGUUCCCGAUCCUACCACCAGGGGCGUAGAUUGUUGCCGAGCAUCGUCCGGUCAGCAGUCACCGACAGUGUCCGUCGCAGCGAAUCCGUGCGAAGCUCUAUCAAGGCGCAGGGAUGGGCAGCGAACGAGCGCACCAUCUUCACCUCGGCCCGCCUGCUCUCGUCGGAGAUCGUUAAGGUACCCCCGUUUGCGGAUUCCGUGUCGGAGGGUGAUGUGAAGUUCGAGAAGAAGGUCGGCGAUGCGGUAGCCGCCGACGAGGUGGUCAUGGAGAUUGAAACCGACAAGACCACCGUCGGUGUACCGGCGCCCGGACAUGGUAUUAUCGAAGAGAUCUACGUUGCAGACGGCGACACGGUGAAGGCCGGUCAACAACUGUUCAAGCUGAAGAUUACCGGCGAAGCGCCAAAGGCUAGCGCACCCAAACAAGCCGAUGCUGCACCGGCAGCAGCCGCUCCACCACCACCGCCGCCGCCACCGCCACCACCGGUAGCAGCUGCUGCACCACCUCCACCACCACCGCCCCCGGCAGCCGGAGCGCCUCCGCCACCAGCGCCCCCGAAACCGGCGGCCCCGAUUAGCCGUAUGCCCGUCGCUGCCAUCCGCCAUGCGCAGGCCAUCGAGGCGGCCACCGUCAAGGUACCGCCAGCUGACUACAGCAAAGAGAUUACCGGGACGCGCACGGAGCAGCGCGUGAAGAUGACCCGCAUGCGUUUGAAAAUUGCGUCGCGUCUAAAGGAGGCACAAAACACGAACGCAAUGCUGACGACGUUCAACGAAAUCGACAUGAGUUUCAUCAUGGAUUUCCGCAAGCAACAUUUGGAAGCGUUCCAAAAGAAGUACGGCAUGAAGCUGGGCUUCAUGUCGGCCUUCUGCAAAGCGGCUGCCUAUGCUCUGCAGGACCAACCGGUCGUGAAUGCUGUCAUUGAAGAGAACGAAAUUAUCUAUCGCGAUUAUGUAGACAUUUCGGUAGCGGUAGCGUCGCCCAAGGGUUUGGUCGUACCGGUGCUACGAAAUGUAGAAGGCAUGAAUUAUGCUGACAUUGAGCUGGCCAUCGCAGGGCUGGCCGAUAAGGCGAAGAAGGGAACGCUCGCGGUGGAGGAUAUGGAUGGUGGUACCUUUACCAUUUCGAACGGUGGCGUGUUUGGAUCGCUGUUGGGAACGCCCAUCAUCAAUCCUCCGCAGAGCGCCAUUCUCGGUAUGCAUGGCAUCUUCGAGCGACCGAUCGCUGUAAAGGGACAGGUGGUUAUCCGACCCAUGAUGUACGUCGCCCUGACCUACGACCAUCGGUUGAUUGAUGGCCGCGAGGCUGUCACUUUCCUGCGCAAGGUGAAGGCCGCCGUCGAGGAUCCUCGCAUCGUGCUGGCCGGUCUGUAAGCGAAUCGAUACAUCCUGUCAACUGCCGCCUGUCUGCGUUCACGAAGAAGAAGGAUCUCUCAUCAUGAAUCAUAAAUCUGGCAGAAACCACAUUUGUGUGACCGAUCGAUAGAACAUUUAGCAGGACAACGCUUUUAUACAGCACCAACCUAUUGAACAGUACCGUGUUAGAGAUUGCACAACCGUUGCCUAAUUACUUGUUUCUUAUGAAUCUUUACCCUUUACUGCAGUUCUCAACCCGAAACCUCUCAAAGAGAGGUGGUGCGGUGUACGAUUAAGUACGGACGAAGUUCAAGCUACUGUAGUGGUUAGCAAGAAUGUUUGAAUUGCGACACGGUCAAACAUUAAUGCUAGUUUGCGAGAAUGUUGGGGUGACGAUUAGGAUGAUUAUACUAAUUUUUGCCAUGAAAACCAUGUCCGGAAAUCCGUCGUUUGCCAAGCCAUGACGGAUCGGAAGUAACCACCGGACGCUAAUGUGGUGACGUGCGAAGAUGGUUCUGCUAGUGCAUGGGAUGGAGUUUGUUCGGCAAUCGUAACGUAGCAGUUGUAGAAGCAGUAAAUCCACUAAGCGAUAUAUAACAAGCACAUCAUCAUCAUCAUCGGCAGGUGAUUCGAAUCGUGUAUUAUGGUGCUCUAUUGAAGAACGACGAUAUAUCGGUACAUUGACGCUUACAAUGCACGCGUGAACAACGGACGGAAGGAAUGGGUGAUAGAACGUUGUGCUUAACAUCUUCUUAUUUUGAUAACAUUUCGAGACAACCUUUGCAAAACAAAAAACGAAGCGAGCAAGAAACCGCAGUUUAGGUAGAGAAGUAUUUAUUUGAGUAAAUGAAAAUAAAACCCAGUAUGAAACAUAUG